AUGACGGUGCCGGAGGAGGCGCGGGACAGGGUAGCAAGUCCAGGCGCACAAGGGCCUGGUGGUGACAGAUGGCUGCUGUCAUCACGGGCGGUGCCCAUGGGGGCGGCCAACGACUCCUCGGGGAGGGGCACGCCGUGGGCUCUGGGGCAGCCACUCUUGCUUGCAACCACUCUCUUAGAAGAAACCGGCUCGUUUAAAGAGAAGCGAUCAGUGAAAGCACUUGCAGAUUACAUCAGGCAACAAAAAAGUGACCCCAUUCAGGAGCUUCAUAUCUUGGCAGAAGCCAACACUCUUGACCGCAGCAAAAGAAAUAUCAUUGGAUAUUUUGAGCAGAAGGAUUCAGAAAACUAUAGAGUUUUUGAAAGAGUAGCAAAUAUUUUGCAUGAUGAUUGUGCCUUCCUAGCUGCAUUUGGAGCUGUCUCAAAACCGGAAAGAUACAGUGGAGACAACAUCAUCUAUAAGCCACCAGGGCAUUCUGCUCCAGAUAUGGUGUACUUGGGAUCUAUGACAAAUUUUGAUGGGACUUACAACUGGAUUCAAGAUAAAUGCGUUCCUCUUGUCAGAGAAAUAACAUUUGAAAAUGGAGAGGAACUGACAGAAGAAGCACUGCCUUUUCUCAUACUGUUCCACAUGAAAGAAGAUACAGAAAGUUUAGAAAUAUUCCAGAAUGAAGUAGCCCGACAAUUAAUAAGUGAAAAAGGUACAAUAAACUUUUUACGUGCUGACUGUGACAAAUUCAGACAUCCUCUUCUGCACACACAGAAAACUCCAGCAGAUUGCCCGGUAAUAGCUAUCGACAGCUUUAGGCAUAUGUAUGUGUUUGGAGACUUCAGGGAUGUAUUAAUUCCUGGAAAACUCAAGCAGUUUGUAUUUGACUUACAUUCUGGAAAACUACACAGAGAAUUCCAUCAUGGUCCUGACCCAACUGAUACAGCCCCAGGAGAGGAAGUCCAGGAUGUAGCAAGCAGCCCGCCUGAGAGCUCCUUCCAGAAACUGGCGCCCAGUGAAUAUAGGUACACUCUGUUGCGGGAUCGAGACGAGCUUUAAAACUGGGAAAAACAAUUUGCAAGCCUUUCAAACAGCAGCAUCAACUUACAUGGUGGAAAUAGUAAACCUAUAUUUUCAUAAUUCUAUGUGUAUUUUUAUUUUGAAUAAACGGAAAGAAGUUUAAAAAAA